CUGUCCUUUGCCGAUAAGCUCCGUGGUUUGCUCGAAGUGGUAUGAAACACGCACAAACUUCUCCGUCUCCGUCUCCUUCUCCAUCGUCUUCCUUUUUUCUUCUUCUUGUACUUUCGGAACACCUUUUUAGCUAACUCUUCACUUUUUGCUAAAUUUUCCUUCCUUCGGUAUUUUCUUUCCAACCCUAAACACUUUUUUUUUUUAAUAAAAAAAGGAUGAAAAUUGCUUAUAUAUAUUAAUUAUCAUCUGAAUUCAAGUUCUUGUUAGUUGCUCCACUUUGGUAAGAAAUGAGCUGAUGAGAGGGUUUGCUUUUGUGAAAAAAAGAGAGAGGACUGUGUGCAGAAGCAGAACUGCGAAAAAGAAAGCUUUAAGCGUACAGGAGAAGGUGUAGAGGAGGGUCUGUUCUGACUUGGACUGUGAUGCAUCAAGCUGUUUUUUUGAAAAAAAAAAAGAAAAAAGAAAAGCCCUUUGUCACCGAACACAGCCAAAGUACUCCAUCACUCUCUCUCUCUCUUCCUCUCUGUGUUAUUGUCAUCAAUGCAUAGGACACACAACCCCACCUGCACUCCUCUCUUCAACUAGUCCUCUCUAUCUCUUUCUUUCUAUCUGCAAGAAGAACAGAAGAUAAGGGAAAACUAAGAGGUGUAGAAGUCAAGCCAGUGGUAAUAAACUAACAAAGGCAGGGAAAGGGAAUAAAAGCGGAGCUCCUUUUCCUUUCUUUUUUUUUUUUAAUUGGAGAUAAGGCAUGAAAGUAGUGCUAUGGAGGCGGAGGAGAUUCAGAGACAACCUUGUAAGUUCUCUAGAGUUGGCAAUGGAAGAAAUAACUCCAGCAGAAUAGCUCAAAACGGGUAUGGUGACCACCAAUAUCCUGAUGAAGAAGAAGAUGGUGGGGUCAAGAGGUCUAAUCCUAACAACGGUGGUGGUGCUGGUGGGACCAUCAAUCGUCUUCGUGAGUGGCACCAUUCGUCACGCAUAAUUAGGGUUUCUAGAGCAUCUGGUGGAAAAGAUCGACAUAGCAAGGUAUGGACCUCACAGGGGUUAAGGGACCGGAGAGUACGUUUAUCGGUGACCACAGCCAUUCAAUUUUAUGAUCUCCAAGAUCGGUUGGGUUAUGAUCAACCAAGUAAAGCUGUAGAAUGGCUGAUUAAAGCAGCUCAGGAUGCAAUCAAUGAGCUCCCUCCACUCAAUCAUUCGUUUCCUGACACUCCAAAGCAGUUAAGCGAUGAGAAAAGAACAAGUGAUGGUACCGAGCAAGGAUUUGAUUCAGCUGAUGUUGAGCCUAAUGACCCAAAUUUUAGCCAGAGCCAGAACCAGAACCAGAACCAGCAUCUCUCUCUAUCUAAAUCUGCUUGCAGUAGCACUUCUGAGACGAGCAAAGGUUCAGGGUUAUCACUCGCUCGAUCUGGUAUUCGUGAUAGUCGUGUCAAGGCUCGUGAGAGAGCGAGAGAGAGAACAGCCAAGGAGAAAGAGAAUGAUUCACGUAUUGCACAUCACCACAACGUAAACCCCAUCUCUGAAAACUCCACAUUUACCGAGCUUUUAACUGGGGGGAUUGGUAGUGUUAGCAACAACAACAACAGCAACAGCAGCAGCAGCAACAACAACAAUGCUGCUAGUCCUUCUGAGGCAAAUUUGUUCCAAAAAGCAGCUGCUGCAAGGCAGUGGCUUUCGACCCCCAUGGAUUACAUCAGCACAGGGCUUUUAGGGCCCUCCUCGUCACGGACAACUCAUCAUUCAUCGGGGUUUCCAGGGCAAAUCCAGUUAGGGAACUCAAUCCCACAACCAAUGACAAUGUCGGUCCCGCCAUUCAAUGUAUCAGGAGAGAAUCACCAAGAGCAGUUGCAACAUUUUCCCUUCAUUUCAGAUCAUUUGAUGCCAGUGGCGGCCACAACACAAACAGUUGGGGAUUAUAAUCUGAAUUUUACAAUAUCUUCAAGCCUUGCUGCUGGUUUCAACAGGGGGACCCUUCAGUCCAAUUCAUCGUCACCUUCUCUUUUGUCUCACCUCCAGAGGUUUUCUACUUCUUCUCCCAUAGACGGAUCCACCACAAAUGUACCUUUCCUUAUUGGCGCACCACAACAAGCUAUGGAGAAUCACCACCACCAUCAGUUCCCACAUGGGUUGCAGCUCUGUUAUGGCGAUGGAACCAGGCAUUCUGACCAGAAAGGCAAAGGGAAGAACUGAUUAAUGCCCGGAGGCAACUGUGUUUCUUGCGCCAUCUCCUUUCAGGAGAGUGAAGAUGGGGAAAUCGCAGCAAGUCAUGAGCGACUCCGUUUCCUUCCUUGCAUUGGAUGAUACCUUAUUAUUAUGCUUCUGAAAUUGUUGGUAUUUCUGCUUUAUCCAUUUUGAAGUCUUUCAGCUUGCAUUCACAUGUGAGGAUGCAUUAAUCUAUGCGUGCAAAGCUUUGUGUGUUUUGAAGAAAUAUAACAAACGAUUCAAAUUGAUGUUAUUCUUUUUUCCA